AUGCGGCUGCGCGAGCUGCUGGCCUGCGCGCACGCGUGCCGCGGCCUCCGCGAGGCCGUCGCGGGGGACCCGCUCCUCUGGCUGCGCCUCGUCGUGGAGCCGCGGCUCAGCCACCGGAUCACGGACGAGGCGCUCGUCGCGUUGACGGACAGGGCGCAGGGGAGGCUCCGGUCACUCCACCUCCUCGGGUGCGCCCGCGUAUCCGACGCCGGCCUGCUUGCGCAUCGUCUAGCGCAACCCCGACGUCACCGAGUGGGCAUUCCAUGA